CGGUUAUCCUAUUUUGACCCGGACUCGAAUCUAUUACUUAUAUUGUCUAACGCCACCUUGAAGUCAUCCGUAUAGAUAUGCUAAAUAAUAAAAAAAAAAAAAAUCGUGUUCAAAAUAUUAUGCCGGUUCAUUUUAUACAGUUUCGAAAAAUAUAAAACACGUGCCAGUAUAGUCGAGCAAACGUAAUAUAUAAGCGCGUGCCACUUCGUGUUUAGAAUAUAUUACAUAGGUAGUUUUUACUUUUAUGGCUAAAUACAGAUAUUCGUCAAAUAUCUGCCGUAUAUCAAUAGUUUAUUAUAAUUGAUUUUUUUUUUUUUAUUAUUAUUUACAAGUGAUGUUGUCUCAAGACUUCGGACAUAGGUGUUAAGUAAUAAAAAUUCGACAAUAUUGUUCGGUUACCGAAAUUAUUGCAAGACAACAAACAGAUAAAUAGAUUAUACCUACCUACGUAAAAUGUCUAAUAACCAACAGCAGUCCCAAAAUUCAACCAAGACCAAUGUGUUUACAACCUAUACAAUAUUGUAUACGACAUUUCAGGUAUGUACCUGUGUCAACAAAUGUGUAUAUAUUUUUAAAAUAUAAUUUUAAUCAAAGCUAGGUUUUAAUGAGUUAAUAAUUUAAAAUUAAGUUUAUUUAACAUUUUAACUUAAUAUAUUUUUUUUUAAACUAUAAACUUAAUUGUUAAUUUGAUGAAUACAAAAUAAUUGACUUUUAAUUAACUAGAGUUAAUUUUAUAUUUAAACAAGUUAAGUUGGCUUAAAUUUGUAUUUGUAUGCUCAUAUAAAUAAAUAUAUUAUUACUAUUAUUAAUAUAUCAUGAACAUUUUAAAAUACGAAUUGUUAUGGAUGUCUGCUAUUUUUUUUACUAUUGUCACCAAUUAGGGGUUGUAAGUAGGUUAUUAGGUCAUUAUAUUAGGUAAUAGACAAUAUGUACAUUUUUUUUUUUUUUAAUUAACUUAACUUGAGUUAAAAAAUUAAUUUUAACUUCUAACUUAGUCGAACUGAUAGAUUAUUUUAAAUUAACUUUUGGUUAUUAAAUUUAUUUAAUUUAAAUUUAAAUUUAACUUUAUUUAACUGGUUUGAAAAAAUCAUUAACUUGCCCAACCUUAAUUUUAAUUAUAUCGGUAUUGCGGUAAGUACGUUUUGUUUUGGAUGUUGUUUACAUUUUAGUUUAAAUAGGUGUAUAGUAUGUGUCUGCCUAGUAUCUACUAUACUUAACUACCUAAAAUAAUGUAACACUAGUAUUCCUUAAUUAACUAAUCGCAAAUCAAAUAAUGUCUAAAAACGAUUCGCUCUUUGACUUUUCUUCUUAAAAGCCAACGUCUCUGAAGGAACUGCGCACGGCCUAUUUAUGCUUAAAAACAUGGUUAACAGGGUUUAAUGCAUCGUAUAAUGGGUCCGAUUUCGAUCAUACUUUUCGAUUAUUUCGAUGUUUUUUUUUUUUGAAAAGAUGAAGACUUCUUUGCAUUGGAUUUGUUCAAAAAUUAUUAUUAUUACAUUUUAGUUUGAACAAAUCUAACUUUUUACUUUUUUAAAAUGUAUUAAUUUUUUAGUCCGAUACGUCCUAUAGAAAGCUGCCCUCUUUCAAAAAAAAAAAAUGAAAUACCGUAAUUGGACGACCGUAUGAGGCAGGAGAGUAAACCAUGUUUUGAGCAAAACAACAGAACACGGGUUGUGCGCAGUCUCCUUUCUAUGAAAAAUUUAAAUUUAUCAAAUUUUUCGUUAAAAAUUUUUAAAAUAUACUUAUUGAUUGUAUAUUGUUGUAAUUCAAAAAUAUGGGGGCCAGCCUAAUUAUAUAAAAUUGAUUCACACGUGUAAGUUAAUUAUAAAUUUGAUUACCUUUCUUCUUCAGGCGGUAAUAUUGAUCCGUUGAAUUUGAUAAAUUUGAUAAGUUGAUUUAAUAAUUUGCUGUUAGCGAUUAUUAACAAUUUUCACAAAUCUACAAUUAAGACCCUUAAAAUGUGAUAUUUAUUAUAAUUUAUUACACUGCUACAGACAAAUGUCCAUUUAAGUAUAACCAAUCUGAUUUGUUUAGUUCACGAAAAAUACGAGAAAAUCAUAGUUAUCGUCGUUAUUGAUCUGAAAAAAAAAUGCAUAAGUUUUUAAACUAUUUACCUAAAUAAUAAUACUGUGAUAAGCAACUAUAAUUGAAUUUAAUGCAUUUUAAUUAUAGAUAAUUGGAUUGGCACUUAUUUAUAACGUAUACUAUUGGAUUAUUAAUUAUCGAGGUGGAUUCAGUUUGAAUGAACCGAAAUUAAUAUUCAAUUGGCACCCACUGUUAAUGACGAUUGGUUUCAUUUAUUUUUUAGCAAACUGUAAGUAUUAAAAUGAUAACCUUAAUUUAUAUUUAUUUCUAUACUUAUAUUUAAUUUUAAUUUACCUGUCUACACGAAACUAAAUUACAAAAUUAAUAUCUAAUGUUUUUACAACUUAAACAUUUUCACAUAGACAUUUUCUUUCUUAUAAUUAUGAUAAAAAUAUCAUAAUAAUAUAGUUAUUUAUUUGACUUAACAUGACUAAUGAGACUUAUCAGUGACGUAUCCAGGAUAGGGUAAAGGGCUAUGAUCCUCACCCCCCCCCCCCUCCGCCCGAAAUUGUUCGGUGAUUAUAGAAGUAGUACUUGAAUGUAUUAUUUAAAUUAUAUGAGUUUAUAGAAUCACCUACAUUACUGUCAAACAAAUGAAUUACAAUGAAUAAAAUGCAUCAAUUAAACUGAACAAAUUAAUUUGUUUACAUAAUUAUAUUAUCCCUCCCUCUUUAUAAAGACUACAUGCAUAAAUUAUAUCAAUUUCAAUUUCAAUUAUUAUUGUCAUUUGCCUGUAAUAAAUAAUUUUAUUUAUUUUAGCUAUUCUUCAUUAUCGUACGUUCAGUAAUCAUCAAAAACAAAGUUUAAAAAUACAACAUUCAGUUAUUCAUGGAUAUGUAAUUGUACUUGUAUUACUCGCUGCUUGCGCUGCUUUAAUUUCACAUGUAUAUGCCAGUCCUCCAAUUCCAAAUUUCUAUUCCUUACAUAGUUGGUUAGGAAUUUUUACUAUUGUAAUGUUCCUCUCUCAGGUUAGUAAGAUUUAAAAUUUAACAAAAUAAAUUUCUAUAAUAAUUCCUUUUUUUGUGUAAAUAAUUUAUUAUAGUUUAUAAGUGGAUUAGUAUCAUUUCUGUACCCUGGAGCAUCAAUCAAAUACAAAGAAAUCAUGAUGCCUUAUCACAUCUACUUUGGCGUUUUCAUCUUUGUUUUAGCAGUUAUAACCGCAGUAACAGGCUUCAGUGAAAAAUUAAUAUUUGCUCUGUAAUAUCAAUAUAUAAUCAUCAUAAUACUAUAUUUCGAAGAGAAAUAUAGUUUCCGAUAGUAAAUUAUUAACCGUUACCUAAAUUAUAUUUGACAGGGAUAAAGAAUACAAAAAAUUCCCACAAGAAGGAAUUUUCGGAAAUUUUUUGGGCCUGUUGUGUAUUUUGUAUGGUGGAUUGGUCGUCUAUAUGGUAACUAAACCGGAAUUCAAGAGAAAUCCAAAACUAGAAUAUGAACCACUACUUAGCAAUGACUCUCCGUGAAACAAAAUUUGUGUAUAGGUUUUAUAAGGUAAGUAUAGUUUCAAAUGUACAACCGAUUUGCAUUACAUGAUAAUUGUAUUCAAUUUUUUAAUAAUAAAAUAUUGUUGAAAAUAAUA